AUGCGCGCCCCUUCAGCUUCGACGCUGCUCUGCGGCAGCGCGAGCUCCUACUCACCUUUCCUAUCCCUCGCCCUGAAGCCUAUGACGACUACGACCCCAUACCGCCGCCUCGCGAGCUCCCUCGCAUCCGAACAACCCGCCCCCGAACCCUCCUCCUCCUCCUCCUCGACGGCCGUCCUCAACCCGAAGAUCAACCCCCCGGCGUCCUCCCGCCCGGCGCCCCUCGAGCUCCCCGAGCGAGCGCCCGACCAGUCCAAGUUCUCCCACCUGCUGGCGCAGGCCAAGACGUACAUCAAGUUCUACAAGGGCGGCCUGUCCGCCGUGUUCGCCAACAGGCGGCACAUCCAGGGCGUCAUCGCCGACAGGGCCAAGACGGUCGAGGGCUUCCGCGCGCCCUCGGUCUUCACGCCGGGCCUGGUCCCCAAGGGCUUCAGCCGCGCCGACUGGGUCCUCCUCUGGCGCGUGCGCCACGACAUCCUCCGCGUGCCGCUCUUCGGCGUGGUGCUGCUGAUCUGCGGGGAGUUCACCCCGCUCAUCGUCAUCUUCGUCGACGGCGUCGUGCCGUACACCUGCCGCCUGCCGCGCCAGCUGGAGGCCAGCUUCGCGCAGGCCGAGGAGCGCCGGCGCAAGUCGUUUGCGGACUUUGAGAGGGCCGCGCCGCGGGGCGUCGUGUCCGGGAACGUCGCGGGCGCGGCGAGGAAGCACGUGCUCCGCAGCCUGCACCUGCCCGGCAUGAUGUGGGAUAAGAUGGGGCUCAUCCCGCCGGGCAUGUGGGCGAGCAAGGGACGUCUGAGGAUGGCUUUCUUGGAGGGUGAUGACAAGUUGCUGCUCCGCGACGGUGGCGCUGCUGGGCUCGAGGAGCAGGAAGCGCGGAUCGCGUGUACGGAGCGUGGUAUUGACUGCGCCGGCCGGAGUGACAAGGAGCUGAGGAGCUUGUUGGACAAGUGGCUUCAUCUGACCGACGCGGAGGAGAGUGUGGAGAGGAGGAAACGCUUGACGGUGAUGUUGACGACGAGAACCGAGAACUGGCCUAAGAACAGGGACUUCACCCUCCCUGAGUGGCAUCUCUGA